CCGGGUCGGUGCGAGCCUCUUCCCUCACGUGGCCGCGGCGCCGGACCCGGAAGUGGUGUUCGCUGUGGCGGCGCCUGGCGGGAUGGGGGAGUCGAUCCCGCUGGGCGCGCCGGUGCCGGUGGAGCAGGCCGUGCUGGAGACUUUCUUCUCCCACCUGGGCAUUUUCUCCUAUGACAAGGCCAAGGACAAUGUGGAGAAGGAACGGGAGGCCAACAAGAGUGCGGGGGCCAGCUGGCUGUCUCUGCUGGCCGGGCUGGCUCACCUGGCCGCAGCCGAGAAGGCGUACCACAGCAUGACCUUCCUGGGCCAGAAGCUAGGUGGUCAGUCAUUCUUCAGCCGAAAGGACUCCAUCCGAACCAUCUACACAUCUCUGCAUAAUGAGCUGAAGAAGGUGGUGGCGACGGGUCACAAUGCACUAGGAGGAACAGCUCCUCACUUGGAAGAGCUGCUUUCUCACCUGUCUGAACAGCUGUGUUUUUUUGUUCAGGCUCGGAUGGAAAUUGCUGACUUCUACGAAAAAAUGUACAUGCUCAGCACCCAAAAGUUCAUUAACUCUGAGGAACUGGUAAACAUUUUGGAAUCCAUCUUAAAGAAAUACAGCUCAAGGUUUCAUCAUCCAAUCCUUAGUCCUCUUGAAAGCAGUUUCCAGCUGGAAGUAGAUGUGCUUGCACAUCUUCUAAAGGCCCAAGCUCAGAUCUCAGAGUGGAAGUUCCUUCCAUCCCUGGUUAACUUGCACAGUGCUCACACAAAACUACAGACUUGGGGCCAAAUUUUUGAGAAACAGCGAGAGACCAAGAAACAUCUGUUUGGAGGGCAGUCUCAGAAGGCUGUACAACCUCCACACCUUUUCCUCUGGCUCAUGAAGCUCAAAAACAUUCUUCUUGCCAAGUUUAGCUUUUACUUUCACGAGGCCCUUAGUCGACAAACAACAGCAUCCGAAAUGAAAACUCUGACUGCUAAAACAAAUCCUGAUUACUUUGGGAAAAUUUCCAGCUUCAUUCGGAAGUAUGAUGCCAUCAAUGUUUCCUUAAUUUUUGACAAUCGUGGAUCAGAGAGUUUUCAGGGACACGGUUAUCAUCACCCCCAUUCUUACAGGGAAGCCCCCAAAGGAGUUGAUCAGUACCCUGCAGUGGUGUCUCUGCCCAGCGACAGGCCUGUUAUGCACUGGCCCAAUGUAAUCAUGAUUAUGACUGACAGAACCUCUGACCUCAACAGCUUGGAGAAAGUUGUUCACUUCUAUGAUGACAAAGUCCAAAGCACAUACUUUCUGACUCGCCCUGAACCUCACUUUACCAUUGUAGUUAUUUUUGAGUCGAAGAAGUCAGAAAGGGACUAUCAUUUUAUUUCUUUUCUCAAUGAAAUUUCACAUUCCCUCAAGAACUCCAAAGCUUUUGCGAGCUUGAAGCCUGGAUCCAAAGGGUAAAAUGCAAACUGCUCUACAAGUUGCCAAGACAGUAUGCUAGCCUUGGGGGAGCUGUAGCUUUCAAGGAGUAUAGGAAUUUCUGAUUCUCAGAGUCUUAAUUAAAAAGGAAACAUUAUUUUUAAUGUUUUAAGUUCUUUUUUUUUUAAGCUAACAAACACUUGAAGAAAAGUAAUUUUGGGCAGUUCUCAGUGAUAUAAUUUAAUUGUGGGGUGCUAAAUGGCCGCAGCAGGAUUUCUUUCUUGGCAUGGUUUUCAAUUUUCAGUAUGAUUUGUUUUUUCAGUCCGCAACUCUGCUGCCUGUAUCAGAAAGGAAUAUAUGCACUUUAUCUUAGUCUGAUCAUUGACUGUCUGCUACAGAGUUUAUUGAAAAUGGGGUGAGGAUGGAAGAUGCUAUCUUUUCAGAAAACUGCAUUGCCUGACAGGAAUGAUUUCUGGGAAAUAAGCAGUGAUGAAAGGGAAUAUUAAAGCAAACUUGCAAGAACAUAUUUUAAAUAAAAAAUAAGAAUCACAAAAAGCACUACUGCUCAUUAUAACUUAGUUUUCAAAUGUUUUAAAAUGAUAAUUGAGAUCUCUCUGUUAAGCAUCAGUCUGUAUUCUGAGCACGCUGUGUCAUAAAGCUUUACCGCUGCUUCAGAACACAGGCUGGGGCAAGACAAGCUGCAGUAUGGACUGGAAGGCCAGUGUUAACUGGAGUGUGCUGACAUUGUGUGUCCAGCACCAGUCUUGGCUCAGAUUAACUGAAGGAGACAAGCUGAGGUUGGCCACAUAUUCUAGAAGAAGCAGCUCCAUGGAAAAAGCGGCAAAGCUCUUGUCAGAUUGUGCCGUUGUCGUGCUAAGUUUAAAAAAAAUAAGGCAAUAGGAAAUAUCCUUUAUAAAUGAUUUAUUUUCUAAUUUGCUGUUAGGGUCAACUUGGAUUUGUUUUCAGAUUUUUAUAAGUACAAAGUUUUUACUUUCUGGUCGGUUUUAAAUAAUUUCACAGCGAAGCCAAAUCACUUCUGGAAUUUGGAUUUAAAUAGAUAGCCUAUGCAGUAUUAUUACCUCAUUCUAAAAUGUCUCUUUCACUACUGGGCUGCAGGUUUGGGGAAUCAUGUAAAGUAUGCUUUCUAGUUAUCCUGAAAGUGCUUUGUUUUUGGGAAUCAGUAUUUCCAAGUAAUAUAAAGGGUUCAUUUGGCUGUACCUGUAGCCUUACAUUGCAUGGUUCUUCUGACUGUUAGCUAUGCAGUUGUGCAAGCACUUUCAUGGGAAUUCAGGAGGACUGUUAUUUGUAGUGAAGUUAGAUCCUUAGUUGACACUGUGUAAGGUAUAACAUAAUCAUGUUUGUUUUAAAAAGGAGUUUAAGGCAAAUAUUGAUUUCUGUUAAAACUGAAAUAUAAAAGAUAACACUGCAGACAUGGCUUUUACCAAUUCCCUUUUUCUUCCACAAAAGGUUAUGGUAACUUAUCUUGCCUCUUGCUGCAAUUACUGAUUUCUUUACAGUCACAUAAGCACGUUCUGUUCUUAGAAUGUAAAUUCUGACUUUAUACUUUGUGCCAAAUAGAGCCUUCUGUGCUUUGCUAUAAUUACAUGUUAGUCUGUUGUGAAGACCUGUGCUACUGUCUUUCCUGUGCUACUGCCUUUCACCUAAAGUCUUACUCUGACUGCAGUAUCACUCAAAAGUUUAGUCUGCUCUUUGGCACUUGAAAACUGUAGGAGCUGCAAAUACACCAGCCACUGGAGGGCAUCAGGUUGUAACAGCAUUAGGCUUUGCAGCUUGAAUUGCUCUUUUAACAGGACAAAGUUGCAAAUCACAGUAUUGAGAGAGUUUGUGGUGCUUCCAGACUGUGACCUCGUAAUAAUAUUGUACUAUUGACUUCCUCAGCCUGAGUAACAGAAAAGAGGCUGUUGCCAGAACUGAUUCCCAGUCUUCAGCAGUGUAAUAAAGUGUUGUACAAAUCCUG